AUUUUUAAUAUGGAUCUCUAAUAUUAAGAAUAAUUAAAUAUCAAAAGAACUCUAGAAUAUUGGACUCCUGGAGCUACGUUAGAAUAAAUGAAAUUGAAAUUAAAUUAAAAGACAAUAUCUUAAUUCAAAAAGGAGGAUUUUUUAAAUGAAAUCAAAUUUGGAAAAGCCAACAUAAAUUAAUAAGAUGAUAAAUAUUUAUCAGAAACUGAGAAAGCUUAUUUAAUUGCAUAUAAUCCUGAAAAAAGAGUUAGAAGCGAUUAUGAAUGUAUGUUUAUGACCAAUGAUGAAAAAACAUCUGAUAGAGAAGAAUAAACUAAUUAAAAAUGUGAAAAUACAAAUUGUCCUGGUACAGAUACUAAAUGGAUUGAAUGUAGUGAAAAAAAAUGUUGGUAUCAUUAAAGUUGUGCAGGAAUACCACUUAAUAAAACAUAAGAAGAAAUUGAUUAAAUGGAUUGGAAAUGUAAAAAAUGCAGAAAAAGAUGA